AUGUCUGAUACUUCAGAUGCGUACACAUCUUCUGAAACAAACUGCGACGUUCAGUCGAUGUCUGAUGCGGAUAGUGGUUCAGAUGAAGAUGCGUUGGAGCAGUUAGAGGAUGACAUUAACACUUGGCUUCAAUUUUGUAGAAUCGCACACCGAAUAGUCCGCAAGUACUUGGCACCAAAUACAGCACGCAGGAUGGUUGAAGCUGAUAUAUUUCCAAAUUCCAUAACACUGAAUAUUUUGCUCAAUUCUUAUGGGUUCUGUUUGGAAGAGAAGACUAAUGAAGCAGUUGUAUUGUUGAAUAAAAUUAUUGGAUUGGGUUUUCAACCAGAUGUUACAACUUGGAACACAUUGAUAAAUGGGUUAUGUAGGAGCGGAAACGCUGAGGUUGCUCUUCGGUUUUAUAGAGAAGUGGGGAACAGUAAGGGGAGGUCUGAUUUGAGAUUCAAGCCUUACUUAAUUUUUUAUUCCGCACUUAUUCAUGGUUUUUGUAAAGAGGGAUUGCUGGACAAGGAUAGUAGGAUUGAAGAGGCAAGGGAGUUAUUUGAUUUGAUGGAGGCUAAAGGCCACAAGCGAAAUGUUGUAAGCUACACCGUGUUAAUUAAUGGGUAUUGCAAGUGUCAGAAAGUGGAAGAGGCCAUGAGGCUUUUCAAAGAAAUGGUAAGCAGAGAAUGCAAGCCAAAUGUAAUUACAUUCACCGUUCUGUUGGCUGGCCUAUUUCAAGUACGUAAAGUUGAGGAUGCACGGACAAUUUUCGCUGAGAUGAAAGUCCAUGAAGUGACUUCGAAUUCUAUUACUUAUGAUACAUUAUUGGGUGGACCUUUUAAAAAUAAUUGCGUUACAGAGGCAAUGAAGCGGUUUCACACCCUAGAAAGAUGUAGCUUUAAUCUUGUCAUUGAUACCUAUAAUUGUGUCCUUGAUUGA